CAUUUAGCACCCAGACUGAGGGUUCCCUUAUCCUGACUCAGGGAGAGGGAUGAAAAGAUCCACUUGAUCAACUGGCAUAGCUAAGGGUUGUAUGACUAGCAGUUCGAAAGCACGUCAAAAUGCAAGUAGAUAAAUAGGAACUGCUACAGCGGGAAGGUAAACGGCGUUUCCAUGUGCUGCUCUGGUUUGCCAGUAGCGGCUUUGUCAUGCUGGCCACAUGACCUGGAAACUAUACGCCGGCUCCCUCGGCCAAUAAUGCGAGAUGAGCGCGCAACCCCAGAGUCGGUCACGACUGGACCUAAUGGUCAGGGGUCCCUUAACCUUUAGUGUCUGCACUGGUCAGUGGUCCCCUUACCUUUAGUGUCUGCACUAUCAUCUUUCAGCCCAGAGAUCAAGCACUCAGGGCCUUUUGGUGGUUCCUUCAGCUUGAGAAGUGAAGUUACAGGAAACCAGGCAGAGAGCCUUCUCGAUAGUGGUGCCCACCUUGUGGAAUGUCCUCCCGUCAGAUAUCAAGGAAAUAAACAACUACCGGUAUCUGACUUUUAGAAGACAUCUAAUGGCAGUCCUGUUUAGGGACGUUUUUACUAUUUGAUGCUUUAUCAUUUUACUAUUCUGUUGGGAGGCUCCUAGAGUAGCUGGGGCAAUCCAGUCAGACAUGCAGCAUCCAAAUAAAAGAUAUAUAAUUAUUAUUAUGUCAACCGUAGUUUAUUUAUUACUCUGUCAAGGAGGGCUGUUUCCUAAACUUUUGUACCAAUUGUCUACUGUGCUAGAAAGCCCUUUUCAAUGUCUGGUUCUGUUGCAUCUCACUGCUUGUAAUGAAUGGCUUAGUCAUUCAGGACUGUUGUCUUGAAAUAUAUGUAAAAAAGCUUUGAAUUUCAAUUGUUGUUUAGUUGUAACUCUUUCUGACCUUUCUUGGUGAGCAGGUAAGAUUCUCUCCUUGCCACCACAAUGCCACAGCAGCGCGUCCUCCCCCAGAGCAAGGAAACCCUCCUUCAGUCUUACAACAAGAGGCUGAAAGAUGACAUCAAGUCUGUCAUGGAUAACUUCACAGAAAUAAUCAAAACUGCAAAGAUUGAGGAAGAAACCCAAGUUUCUCGGGCAACCCAAGGCGAGCAGGACAACUACGAGAUGCAAGUCAGAGCUGCAAAUAUUGUUCGGGCUGGUGAGUCUCUUAUGAAGCUUGUCUCUGACCUAAAACAGUUCCUGAUCCUCAAUGUCUUCCCUUCCGUCAACGAAGCCAUCAACCAGCGGAACCAGCAGUUGCGCAGCCUUCAGGAGGAAUGUGAUAAGAAGCUUAUUGCCCUGCGUGAUGAGAUCUCAAUAAACCUCUAUGAGCUGGAGGAAGAAUAUUACUCUUCCAGUCUGUGUGACACCAACGACCUCCCGCUGUGUGAAGCAUAUUGGAGACAGGAGCUGACCAUGUCCUCCCCAGAAGGCCUAGCCAUGCCUCUGGUGGCUGCCAUGAUGGAGGAGAACAUUCCAGCCCCUCAGGGGUCUACACCUUCUCACCCUCACAUCAACGGGCAUGGAGCAGGCCCGACGGAGCACGCUUGAAAAGGGAGCCUGCAAUUCUCCCCAGCUUUGUGGCAUUUUGACAGUUGAACGUUCUGGUGAUUGCAUCAAGACAACAUUUUCCUGCCCUCCCCAGGCCAUCUCGCAGCAGGCCUCAGCUGUAUUUGCAAGAAGCCACAUUUCUCUAGGCACCACCUCACAGGAUAACCAACCCAGUGUUUCACAUGGGGUGCCCUGUGCAGUCAAGAUGGGAAGUUUGUUUCUCUUGUGGCUGUGCCUUUGGCGUGCAGGCAUUAUUUUAAUGUUCCCUGCCUAUGAGUGAAAUGUAGAUCCCUUGGGAACUGUGCUCUCUUAGAUGGAAUUUCUUGUGGGGAAAAGUUAGGCUGUUGCUUAUAGUCUGAUAUUUUAGUAUCUGAAUAGUAAUUUUAGAGCAGGAGUGCUAAGAGUUUUUCUAAAAAAAUAUUAAUCUGGCACUUGAGCUUAAUUCAAUAGGUGUAAAUACCCUUACCUGUCCAGGUCAGUCUUCUAGAUACUUAGUUGUCUUUUACAAUGGAUUGAGGGGGUCGGGGGGGGUUGCCACCUUCUUUUAGUGGCUCUGACACUGCUUUUAACACUAAUUAAAUGGAUCAGGGGUUUUGUGUGUGAAAAUACUUAAUCUGUACAUCAGGCAUCUGCUAAAGGCAAACUUUGGUUAAAGCAGCCCAAAGCUGCCUUCUUUCUUUCCCCAAAAUACAGUCCAGAUGGCCACUUUUUUUGGUCUGGUCCUGCUCCUGUGCCUUCAAGGCAGCCCAAGAUGGCAGAAAUUUAAGCCAUUGAAAUUAUUGCCACUGGGUACAAAAUUAUAAGAAGAGUGUCUUUGUCUACAUGGUCGGUUUCUCUUGAAGGUGCAGAAGCUGUAAACAAAAUGAAAAAACUUGGUGGCCCUAGUACUAAAUUAAGAACAGCUAUUAAAAAACAAUGAUAUUACGUUUUCAGUACUGUAUUCUUUCUUCAUAUCAGUUAUGUAAGCUAAGACUCACACCCCUAUCCUGCAAAUACCUACUCUAUUGAGUAGCUUGAGGGAGCAGUGUUCAGGGGUUGUUUUCCCGUACUCCAGUUGCUUUUUGGGCCAUCCAAAACAUUGCAAAACUACUGACAAAACUACUGUCAACCUUUCUUUAAAAAAACCAAAAGAACCUGACCAUUUCUAUGUGCAGCUUCAUGUGGGCUGAUAUCCUCUGUUUUACCUCCACCCAAAUCAGGAGGAGAUUUGUCAGCUUAAGGAUGCGUGUCAGGCGGCUGUUUAAAGGCAGAAAAGAAGUGUCAGUUGAAAAAGAGACCUUAGUUGCAUAUUCAACAUUAGUCUUCUGAUGCAAGUUCACUUGAACACUUGAUUGUAACAUGUUUGUGGCGUUGUUAAAGUAGGAUUUUGUGGGGGAUGUUUAAUUGAAAAAAUGUAUAUUUCUCUAAUUGUUAACAAAUUGUUUGAAUAAAAUCAAUUUUUAUACAAAGGUUUGGAAAGAAAGAUUUGGAGCUGGGGGGGGGGGGAAUGAAGUUUCCCCUAAUGGCUAGAAUUUCAGCCAUCAAAAUGAAUGUACAGUAUUACCUAAAAUGUUUUUAUUCCAAUCUGUCCUGAUUGUGCUGCUUCAGAGAUAUUUCUAGAUAUAUCUGCUGCUUUAGAGAUAUUUCUAGAUAUAUGUGGCGGGGGAAGAAACCAAGAAUUAAAUAUAAAACUGAUAGAUAAUAAAUAAAGAAGAGGCUUUACCCUCCUUCACUCUUUACAAUUAUACUAUGAGGCAGCAUGUAUUUGCUCGCUAAAGGAAUGGAUUGGUUUGAAAAGACCAUUAGAUCUGGAAGGUCAUGAUCUUAAAUUUGGCUGGCAUGCAUGUCUAUGGUAUGGGAAAGCUAAGAUACAUAAGAGUUUUUUCAAAUCGUGGAGUAUGGGAGAAAUAUAAGAACUUGUUGGAAAGGAAAACUCCAUUGUGUUUAUCGCCAAUAGAAGCCAUUGCUAUGAAAAGAAUAAAUAUGGUCAGACAAUGGGCGACAUACAGUGAAUUCCUGGACAUUUCGGAGAAGGAACUCAGACUGAAGACAGUGGAAGAAAUAAAAAACAAGUAGCAGAUUGGUUACAAUAUUAUAAUUUAAAUGAAUGGUUCAAGAAAGAUUUAAAAAAUCUUUUUUUGGACCAAAGCUCAGAAUUUGAGAGAAUCCUAUUAGAAAAUAAUGAAAAAUUAUUAUUCAAAAUGUAUAAGUUCUUAUUGGAGUGGGAAACAAAAGAUGAGCUGGUAAAAUAAUCAAUGAUUCACUGAGCAAGAGAUAUAGGGCAUAAUAUUGAAUUUGACCGCUGGGAGAAACUAUGGAAGAAAUAUUUGAAAUUUACUGCAUGCUACACCGGGGGCCAGCAACCUUUUUCAGCUGUAGGCCGGUCCACCGCCCCUCAGACCAUGUGGUGGGCUGGACUAGAAUCAUAGAAUCAUAGAAUCAUAGAGUUGGAGGAGACCACAAGGGCCAUCCAGUCCAACCCCCUGCCAAGCAGGAAACACCAUCAAAGCAUUCCUGACAGAUGGCUGUCAAGCCUCUGCUUA